CUUGAAAAAAAAAAAGCCCAAUAAAACGGAUUAAUUAGCAAUUUCUAAACCUACAGUGUGUACUAGUACUAAAAAUGAAAUUCUAUUAGUAACCAUAAACCCUAAACCCUUAAUCACCAAAUAAUUAUUAUGUCUUCCAAAUUAUCUUCAACCUCCAAUGGUAAAAUUUGUUGAAGAUAUUUUUCAGCAAAUGUACAAAAAUCUAGACUUCACUUUCAUCGUGAAGUCGGCUGUUUCACCAAAAACAAACCAGAAGCAGAGGUUUUAGAAGGGGUUUUUCAACACUCACUUAUGUAUUUCUCGUCUUCUUCUUCUACCCAUCGAAUUCUGGUAACUCCAUUUUUUGCUAUCUACUUUAAUUCUUCAUUAUCACAAGAAUUUCUUGUUAAUCGAUUAGAACAAUUUGAUGUCCAGUAGUAAUAUUUCUUCAUUUCCUGCUAAUUUAUCGCAGAAUUUUGACCCUUAUAUUUCAAUUUAUAAAUCAAGGAGUAGUUUUGUGGUAAACCCUUAUUUUGAUUCCACAGUUAUGUGGAGAAACUUUGCUAAACAAGCCAAUUCUAGAACCCCAAAUUUAUUUUCGCGUAAUUACAGCUUUCUGGGGGUUUCCCAUGAUUGUGUUAUAGCUGAGAGGUUGAAAUUUAGGCCGUUUGAGAUGGGUUGUUGUAAAAAAGUGAACUUUUCUGAGGUGGGUUUUUGUAGAAAAGGUGGGUCAUUGAUGAAGGAAGAGAUUGGGGAGAGACCUCUUUCUUGGUUUUUGAGUAAUCAACCUAAUUCAAACGUUCUAUGCCCUAAAGGGUUUGCUAGUGUUGUCGAGGCCGAAUUAGCCUCGUCAACGAAUUUGGAGGAUGAUGAUUCGGUUUUUGAUGAAAUUCAGGAGUUGGUGGAGGAGAUGAGAAAAGAAGAGAAUAGGGUAAAAUGGCGAGAAUCGCGGCAAAGACAGCCAAAAAUGGUGGCGGGUAUGCCGCCUUACAAGUACCAUAAGCUUAGGAAUAGGCAGAUAAAGCUUGAGACUGAGUCAUGGCAACAGGCAGCUAAUGAGUAUAGGGAGCUUUUAGCUGAUAUGUGUGAGCAUAAGCUGGCACCUAAUUUGCCAUAUAUGAAGUCAUUGUUUCUUGGUUGGUUUGAGCCAUUUAGAGAUAGCAUUAUAGAGGAGCAAGAAAUAAUCAGGCAAGGGAAGUGUAGAGGUGCAUAUGGGCCGUAUUUCGAUCAGUUACCUGCAGAUAUGAUGGCAAUUAUAACAAUGCAUAAGUUGAUGGGAAUGUUAAUGACUGCAAGUGGCUAUGGCUCUGCAAAGGUUGUUCAAGCGGCUUGUGCUAUAGGCGAGGCCAUUGAACAAGAAGUUAGGAUACACACAUUUUUAGAGAAAACAAAGAAGAAAAAAGGUGACAAAUGUAAAAAAUCUGAUGAAGCUGGUUCUGAUGCUGAGAUCCAAGAGCAACAGCAUCUUAGAAAGAACGUAAAUAGCUUAAUUAAAAAACAAAAGCGGCGACAGGCGCUGAAAAUUGUCGAUUCUCAAGGUCAUUUGAAGCCUUGGGGUGCGGAGGCAAGGGCUAAGGUUGGGAGUCGUCUGAUCGAGUUGCUGGUCCAAACAGCAUACAUACAACCUCCAGUUAGUCAAUCAGCUAGUGAUGCUCCUGAUGUUCGACCAGCUUUUGUGCAUUCACUGAAAAAUGUUGGCCCUGAGAACAAGAAAACCAGCCGAAGAUUUGGGAUGAUUGAAUGUGACCCACUGGUUAUCAAAGGUCUUGAGAAAACUCCAAGGCACAUGGUUAUCCCUUAUAUGCCAAUGUUGGUACCUCCAGAAAAAUGGACUGGUUAUGAUAAAGGAGCAUACUUGGUUUUGCGAUCAUUUGUCAUGCGAACUCAUGGAUCCAAGAAUCAGAGAGUAGCUGUUAGGACGGCCUCUGAGGAACAGCUAAAAUCAGUUUUUGAGGCCUUGGAUACACUUGGAAACACAAAAUGGAGGGUAAAUAAAAAAGUUCUUAGCAUUGUAGAUAGGGUAUGGGCUAAUGGAGGUCGUCUGGCUGACUUAGUUGAUCGAGAUGAUGUUCCUUUGCCAGAAAAACCAGACACAGAAGAUGAAUCUGAGCUGAAGACAUGGAAAUGGAAAGUCAGGUCUGUAAAGAAAGAGAAUCGGGAGCGACAUUCUCAACGCUGUGAUGUAGAACUCAAACUUGCGGUUGCUCGGAAAAUGAAGGAUGAGGAAGGCUUUUUCUAUCCGCAUAAUGUUGAUUUUCGCGGUCGAGCAUAUCCAAUGCACCCAUACUUGAACCAUCUAGGGUCUGAUAUGUGUCGAGGCAUUUUAGAGUUUGCAGAGGGUCGAGCUCUUGGAAAAUCAGGAUUGCGUUGGUUGAAAAUACAUGUGGCAAAUCUAUAUGCUGGUGGCGUUGACAAAUUAUCUCUAGAGGGUCGAAUAGCAUUUACUGAGAACCAUUUGGAUGAUAUAUUUGACUCUGUGGAUAAGCCACUGGAAGGAAGGUGUUGGUGGCUGAAAGCAGAAGAUCCUUUUCAGUGUUUAGCUGUCUGUAUUGAUUUAGCUGAAGCUGUGAGAAGUCCUUGCCCCGAGUUAUAUAAGUCCCAUAUUCCAGUUCAUCAGGAUGGUUCUUGCAAUGGAUUACAGCACUAUGCUGCUCUUGGAAGAGAUAAGUUGGGAGCAGCAGCUGUCAAUCUUGUUGCUGGAGAAAAACCAGCUGAUGUUUACUCAGGCAUAGCUGCUAGAGUUCUUACCAUCAUGCAAGCAGAUGCCAAGAAAGAUCCUGCUGAUUUUCCAGACACUGUGCAUGCAAGGAAGCUGAUCAACCAGGUGGACAGGAAAUUGGUUAAGCAGACAGUGAUGACCUCAGUGUAUGGUGUCACUUAUAUUGGUGCUAGAGAGCAGAUCAAGAGGAGGUUAAAAGAACGUUCUGCAUUUAGUGAUGAGACAGAGAUUUAUGGUGCAGCUUGUUAUGCGGCCAGAGUUACAUUAACUGCGCUAGGCGAGAUGUUUCAAGCUGCCCGUAGUAUUAUGAGCUGGCUUGGUGAUUGUGCAAAGAUUAUUGCAUCAGAAAAUCAGCCUGUGAGGUGGACAACGCCAUUGGGUCUACCUGUUGUGCAACCUUACUGCAAGAAGGGUAGGCAUCUGAUCAGAACAUCCCUUCAAAUGUUGACGCUGGAAAGAGAAACUGAAAAGAUUAUGGUUAAGCGGCAGAAGUCAGCUUUUCCACCAAAUUUUGUUCAUUCCCUUGAUGGGUCACAUAUGAUGAUGACUGCAGUGGCCUGCAAACAAGCAGGCUUAAACUUUGCAGGAGUUCAUGAUUCAUAUUGGACUCAUGCGUGCGAUGUGGAUCAGAUGAGCAUGAUACUUCGUGAAAAAUUUGUGGAACUCUAUGAACAACCAAUAUUGGAAAAUUUACUGGAAAGUUUCAAGCAAUCUUUCCCUACACUAUCCUUUCCUCCUCUGCCCGAGCGAGGAGACUUUGAACUGAGGGAAGUUUUAAAUUCUCCAUACUUCUUCAACUGAGCCGACGGAAAUUGUCGCUGUAUUAAUCAUCCCCUCUCCCGCCACCACUUGAGAAGGCUCGCCUUGCUGCUGCUUCCCUUGUAACACGAACAUCUUCUAUGUAGAGCACUUACAAGGAUUGAGAUGAUCUUCAGUUGCUAGGCGCUGGCUUCUGCCUUUUGAUGAGAAGCCACUGAGACAUAAUCAUCUGACAGACAAGAGGACUGUAACAAUUUGUGGCAAGUCAGAGGAGAAUGACCGUAGAUUCGACCAAUUCUUGCCAUUCUUUAUAGUAAAUUAACAUGUAAUGUAGCUAAGAUAGGUGAUUUCUUGUAUGUGAUGUACAGAAUUAGAGAGCUUACUCUGAGAAAAAGUCCUGCUGUAUACCCUUACUGUAUAUAUUACGCCGUGUAAAGCUAGGAAACUUGAGUAUCCUCUUCCCCCUUCUAAUAUAGUUGAACAAAUUCUUCAUAUUUUAUGAACUUUGUUUGGUUAUAAUUUUUUUAUAAAGGUAAUAAAGAAAAAGAAAGAAUAUUAGAAUCCCCUCCUCAUGGGGGAACUCCUAAA